CACGCCUACCGAUGGCUGCCGCGGCGCAUUGAGGAGGCGAGCGCGGCAUGGAUCUGGAGCUCGCGCACGGCGCGGGGGCGCCGCGGAAGAGGCAGCGCGGGGAGUCGUGGGGCGGGGUGCUGCUGCUGGCGUACCAGAGCCUCGGGGUGGUCUACGGCGACGUGGCCACCUCGCCGCUCUACGUCUACAAGAGCGCCUUCGCCGGCGACGACAUCACGCACUCGGCGGGCAACGAGGAGAUCUACGGCGUCCUCUCCUUCGUCUUCUGGACGCUCACACUCGUCUCCCUCCUCAAGUACGUCCUCAUCGUGCUACGCGCCAACGACGGCGGGGAGGGCGGCACCUUCGCGCUCUACUCACUCAUCUGCCGCCACGUCCGCGCCGGGCUCCUGCCGGGCGGCGGCACCAGCGAGGACCUCGCGGCGGAACACAACCGUGGCGACGGGGCCGUGUCCAGGGCCAGGACCCUGCUCGAGAGGUACAGGCUGCUGCAGAGGAUGCUGCUCUUCUUCGCGCUGCUCGGGACGUGUAUGGUCAUCGGCGACGGCGUGCUCACCCCGGCGGUCUCCGUCUUCUCCGCGGUCUCCGGGCUCGAGCUUUCCAUGGAGAAGGAGACGCACAAAUAUGUAGGACUUCCCGUGACGUGCGCUAUACUCAUAUGCUUGUUUGCUCUGCAACACUAUGGCACACACAGAGUUGGGUGUAUCUUUGCGCCAAUCAUCUGUGUUUGGCUUCUCUGCAUCAGCAUGAUAGGGCUCUAUAACAUCAUCCAUUGGAACCACCAUGUGUACCAAGCCCUUUCGCCAUACUACAUGUAUCAGUUUCUCAAGAAGACCCAGACAGGUGGCUGGAAGUCACUGGGUGGAAUCCUUCUCUGUGUGACAGGCUCGGAAGCUAUGUAUGCAGAUCUUGGACAUUUCUCGCAAAAAUCAAUCCAGAUUGCGUUCAUAUCUGUGGUUUAUCCAGCCCUUGUUCUGGCUUACAUGGGACAAGCUGCUUAUAUCUCACAACACCACAGCUUUGAGAAUGACUAUCAUAUUGGCUUCUAUGUAUCAGUACCAGAAAAACUCAGAUAUCCUGUUCUAGUGAUUGCUAUACUAGCAGCUGUAGUUGGAAGCCAAGCAAUUAUUACUGGCACCUUUUCGAUUAUCAAGCAGUGUUCUGCACUAAGUUGCUUCCCAGGUGUAAAGAUUGUGCACACGUCCUCUACGGUGCACGGCCAGAUAUACAUCCCUGAAAUUAAUUGGAUCCUGAUGAUACUCUGUCUGGCUGUUACUAUUGGCUUCAAUAACACGAAGCACUUGACGAACGCACAAGGUCUUGCAGUCAUAACUGUUAUGCUUGUCACCACUUGUUUAAUGUCAUUGGUUAUCGUGCUUUGCUGGAACAAGAGUAUCUUCCUUGCCCUUGGUUUCCUGGUUUUCUUUGGCUCAAUCGAAGUACUCUACUUCUCAGCUGCCCUUGUCAAGGUUCAUGAAGGUGCUUGGGUUCCUAUUACCCUCUCCUUCGUAUUUAUGAUAGUCAUGUCUGUGUGGCACUAUGGCACAAUAAAGAAGUACGAGUUUGAUGUUCAAAACAAGGUUUCGGUAAAUUGGCUAUUGAACCUCGGUCCUUCACUGGGAAUUGUGCGCGUUCGGGGCAUUGGGCUGAUACAUACAGAGCUUAUGUCUGGAAUUCCAGCCAUUUUCUCCCACUUUGUAACUAAUCUGCCAGCAUUUCACCAGGUACUGGUGUUUCUCUGUGUUAAAUCAGUUCCAGUGCCACAUGUCGAGCCAGAAGAAAGAUUUCUGGUGGGUCGCAUUGGUCCGAAAGAGUACAGGCUAUACAGGGUCAUUGUCAGAUAUGGGUACCGUGAUGUGCAGCAGGAUGACCUGGAAUUUGAGAAGGAUCUAAUUAACAGCAUUGCAGAGUUCAUCCGUAAUGGGGGACCUGACCAGAAUGGCUCUCUGGAAGGUGCAGACAAGGCCUCCGAGAAACUCUCUUCCAUCAGGAGCGGCAGCAUUCCAUUGUGGGAGGAGGACGGUGAAGUUGAUGGAUCGAUAUCCUCUAACAAGGAGAUAAACCAGCAGACUGUGGCACAACAGCGAAAGAAACCGAGGUUUGUUCUACCAAAGAGCGCCCAGGUGGAUGCCGAGGUACGAGCCGAGCUGCAGGACCUCAUGGAUGCAAGGGAGGCCGGCAUGUCCUUCAUUCUGGGGCACUCCCACAUGAAGGCGAAGAGCGGGUCUAGUUUCGUGAAGCGGAUCGUGAUAAACUUCAUCUACGAGUUCUUGAGGAGGAACAGCCGCGGUCCGUCGUAUGCCGCUAACAUACCCCAUGCUUCCACUCUGGAGGUAGGAAUGGUGUACCAAGUCUGAUAGUAGCAGCUGUAUGAAAGGUAGAGAGGUCAGAUGAGGUGUUGUUUCUCCAUUUGUAUAUAUCAGUGCUAACCUGACACCCCACGAUGGCAGUACAUGCUGGAGUUAAGUGUGCAUUUUUGUCCAUCAAGUGUCAAGAUUUUUGUUGAGUUGGCCUUUAGCUUUCUGUUUCUGGAUCUGUUUGCUGUUGUUGCUUUGCUGAUUGAACUGUAAGUCUGUAAGAGUGCCUAGAGAGAUAGAAUUUUUUUUGUUUAGAAACUUUUAUGUUCUUACUACAUGUGACUAAAACUCCAAUAUGCAUCAGCAGCAUACUCAGAAGAA